AAACACUUGUCACUAUGAAACCAGAGAGAAACCUCGUUAGUGGUAAAGCGGAGAUAAUUCUGUAACAACAGUGAUCCUAAAAACAACAGUUUGAAAUUCACUAUCAGAGAUCAGGAGGAGCAUUUGUUAUUUCAUUAAUUCAUUCAGCCUGGGUCUAUUGUAGCCGUCUACAUCGGCAGUUACAUUAGCACUGAUGGAUAUUUGUUCAGGCACUUUAGCCAACAGCUAACAUUAGCCACUGUGGGGCUAGCAUCACACACACACACACACACACACACACACGAGCUAGCGCCAGCGCCAGCGCCAACAACGAGAGGAGCAUCACGCAGUGUUCGGUGAUCACGUCAGCGACGGAGAAGCUGCAGGAAAAAUACACUUAAAGACAAACCGGAUGGCUGACUGCAGAACACUUGCUCCCUCGGACCUUCACAUUUUCACCACACACCGUUUGUUCCAGACUGAUCUCAGAUAACUGCAAAACCAUCUGUGCAUGUGUCCGAGAGUCCUGGGGAUCCGCAAUGUUGAACCCGACCAAUGGUGACCCAGGCCACGUUGUUGUGAAUUAUGUUGAGGAGUAUUUGGACCUGGUGGAAUCGCUUCCCUUUGACCUGCAGAGGAGUGUGUCGCUCAUGAAGGAGAUCGAUGCCAGGUAUCAAGAUGUUCUGAAGGAGCUUGAUGAUGCUUACGAACGGUAUCGCAGGGAAUCCGACUCAGUUCAGAGGCGCAAGCUUCAGUCAUCGAUUCAGAGGGCACUGAUCCGCAGUCAAGAGCUCGGAGAUGAAAAGAUCCAGAUUGCUGGUCAGAUGGUGGAGUUGGUUGAAAAUCGAACACGACAAAUCGACUGGCACUCUGAGCUUCUCCUCUCCUCUCAAGAAGUCCCAGAGAGCCAAGUUCCCACAGCAACAGUCAUGACAACCACGGCAGCAGCCAUGACGCCCACUUCAUCAGCCGCCAUCACUCCAGGCAAACCCAGCCACCUCGACAAGAAGCGCGAUGAAGUGACACCGGGCUCUGGUAGUGCGGACAAAUCCGGAGGGAAACGCUCGAGGCGCCAGAAAAAUGGAGAAACUCGCGAAAGCUACGGGGGUGUGGAUCAAGCUGAAGAGGCGGGAGUGGGGGCGUCUCGGGAAAAACGUGCCAAAACAUCCUCCAAGAAGAAGAAGCGGUCAAAAGGAAAGUCUGAGAGAGAAGUGUCGCCUCCAGACCUGCCCAUUGAUCCAGAUGAGCCGACGUACUGCCUGUGUGAGCAGGUGUCCUACGGCGAAAUGAUUGGUUGUGAUAACGACGAAUGUCCCAUUGAGUGGUUUCAUUUCUCCUGCGUCGGGCUCCAUCAUAAGCCCAAGGGAAAGUGGUACUGCCCUAAGUGUAGAGGUGAGAAUGAGAAGACCAUGGACAAGGCCUUAGAACGGGCCAAAAAGGAGAGGGCAUACAACAGGUAGCUCGUUCUGCCCGACCCUACGAACACUGCUGCGUUAAAUUUUAUUUUAUGUCUCGUCUUGGUUUCCAUUUACUGUUAACACUGUUUGAACAUUGACAAGAGGGGUCUUGUACAUAGUUAUUUUUGUAGCUGCUGCAUAGCUGAGAAACAUGAUUGCUCUCUCUAAAUUCUGUAAAGAAUUGCCACAGUACAGUACAACUGCAUGUUUGUAACCAACCCCUUGUUUUCACUUGCCCCACGCCAUUAUAUAUACUCAACUAACCAAUAAAAGACUUAAAAACAAA